UUUCUAGUAGGAAAAAUUUUAGUUCUAUGCUCUUGGGUAUGUAUUCUUUUAAAUUGUAUUCUAUCUUGUUUGCUUCAUUCGAGUAACUCUAGCUGAAAUGCUGGUGCUUUGGAGCAGAGCAAUUGCUUUGUUUUUUUUUUUUUUAAGAUUUAGCUUGUUGUGCCUGAUAAAAGUAACUAUAUUUGGAAUUGGAAUGUUUGGUGCAUUGGGGAAGUGAGAUUGUUCAGCUAGACGUCUUUCCAAGGGGGGAAAUAGUCGAAUAAUGAUGGUAAACUAAUUAAUUGGUCGUUUUGUGUUAACAAAAACUUUCAAAUUUCAUUCCAAGACCCUCACAAGAUAUUGUAAAGAUGGUUAAUCCUCCUGCCACAAUGCCUCAUUCCCUUCUUUUUGUUGCUCUCUCUGGAAGCAAAGUAUUGAAAUUUUAGCAGCUCAUGCCAUUACACUAGCAAAACUGCUUAUGUAGCCAUGAAUCUUCUGCAAAAUUCAGAUACUGAUAAAUGAUUGAGCCUUUUCUGGAGAAGUUUUCUGGAGAAGUUGGGAAGUAAACUAAUUUAAGGUGUUUAGGUUCUUCAAUUAAUAACAUAUUGUCUUACAAUCACAACUGUACAUAUAUAAAUUUAUAAAUCAGUAGAGAAAUAACAUUUAGAAAGAAGGGAGAUGAGUUUGACUUAUUUUGAUAUAGUUGUAGACUCAUAACCAGCAAACUAAAUUUGGCUGAAUCAAACAUGCUUCAGUUUCUAUCAUUUAGUGGUGGUGAGCAAUUUCUGUGAACCUGUAAAUGAGAGACCAUUGCAGCAGUGUCAAGUUAGAGUAAAGUUCCUCAGUGGCAUCUUAUGGAAGAGAAAUCUGAUUUUGAUGGCUGUGAAUCCUUAUGUUCGUUGACAGCUCAAACAAGAAAUCUUGCCAGUCUUCCUGCCAAUUUAAUUCUGAAAUUGAUAUAUAUUUGUGGUGGCCUUAAGUUUUAUUGUCUUUGCUUUGGUAGGUUUAUGUAUAAAGUAAGAAAAGGUUUGCCUCAACUUGAGUCAUACUCUAAGGACCAACUGCCUCCUCUCUAAUCCUUCCUUUCCCAGUGUUGUAGCUGGGUUUGAUUGCACUGUGAACAGGAGGGAUUCAAUGCGGAUUGUAAAUUGCAUGCCAUAUUUUCCAUCUUGAGAACUUGUUGCUGUCGGAUAUGUGGCUAUGAACUGAACUGGCUUUACUGAUAUCUAAGCUUGGGAAUUUCUGUCUCUGAGUUGUCAUAUAAAGUUCUUCAUUCAUUUUUAUUCAUGGGCUUGGGUAGUUUUUUUCACUGCCAGCCACAUGAACGGCCCCAUCUCCAUCAUUUUGAAAGAACUUGCAAAGGGUUAAGUGGCAGCAUAAUUUUCGUGUUGUAAUUUAAGUUGCCGUUGUGGGUGUUGAUUUCAUUGGACUUAUGUAGCUUCUGAAGAAUAUCUUCUGGAUAGUGAAUUUGGGCUCAAAUUGGACAUGAGAAUGCUUGUGGGGACAUGCUUGAGCCAAGGGAAGCUGAUAUACCUGUAUUGUUUCUGGUCUUGGUGGUGUUUCCUCUGGUUGCUUACUUCUUACUUGGGAAAUGGAGUGAGGCUUCAAAGAAACGAGAGAGGAUAAGUUUACUUGCUCAGCUUGCUGCUGAAGAAGCUCUUAAAGCAGAAACAAUGGCUGCUGCCAGUGCUAUUCCACUUGUUCCUUCUUCAAAGAAUGGGUUACAUAUGUGUGCCAAGUGCUUUGCUCCAGCAACAACUCGCUGCUCCAGCUGCAAGGCUGUCAGAUAUUGUUCUGGGAGGUGCCAGGUUAUUCAUUGGAGGCAAGUUCAUAAGCAAGAAUGCAUGCAGUUGGAGAGUGCAAGCUCAAGCUCAUCUCAUAGUGUUGCCACAUUUGAAGAAUCUGCGCUACUUAGUGACAGCAUGAAUUCUCGGUUCUUUGGGCACAUUAAUAAGCAGGCUGGCAUGGAAAAAGUACCUUUAGAUAAUAUAAAUCAUUGUCCGUUAACCACUGGUGUAUUUGCUAAUGGGGAAUGUUCUACAGUUGAUACCUCUCAAGUCUGUGCACAAGAGAGAAGAAGUACAGGCAAGAAAAUUUCUCAUAGAUCCUACAGAGAAAUGCUAAGAAGAGAGGAUACAGCUAUAUUUGAUUCUUGUGAGGAAACCUCGAGGACUAGAGCCACUAGUUCAACACCUAAUAAUAUUUCUUCCAAGGAGGCUUUUAUAAGGCAUAAGUCAAGAACUAGUGGCUUUGUUGUAUCAGAAGAAGGAAUCUUAAAACAGAAAAAUGCCAACAUGCAUAUUCAUGGGCACAAUGCAAGUACUGUAAUGCAUGAGAGUCAUAAGCAUCAAAGCCAAUGUGGCAACAUGUCUGAACCAAAAAGCAACUAUGAAUUUUCUGGCCCACCAUAUUCUGCUAAAGGUGGGACAAGUGCACAUGAAGCUGAAACUGCUUUUGUCCUGAGUUCAGAGAAUUUAGUCCAUGCAGAAAAUGCUUUUAUUGGUGACUCAGUAGAGUCAGACUGUUCUGGGAUGACAGCAGCAAAGGAAUGGACAAAAGCUAGAUGUUCAUUGCAAUCCCCGGGACCCAAAAUCUCUAAAUCACCUAAAUCAGUAGUGAAUGUGUCUGGAGAACAAUUGUGCCCUGAAAUGGAGAGGAAGGGACAAAUUCCAGAUGAAUUAAAAGUUUCUGGAAUGACAGGUGCCAUACCGCCACCAGGAAUCAAUGGGGCUGCUAGCAUGGGAAUUAUGGAAAUGAUGGGUUUAAGCAAGUCAUCAAAACUUGCCCAGCAGGAUUUUCCUGCACUUCGUGGCAAUAGACGUAAGAAAAUAAGGAUGCUAUUUCCUUAUGAAGAAUUUGUAAGUUUCUUCCAAUGUGAUGUCUUUGAUUUGUCACCAAGAGGCCUUCUUAAUUGUGGGAACAGUUGCUAUGCCAAUGCUGUUCUCCAGUGUUUAACCUGCACGAAGCCUCUCAGCAUCUAUUUGCUGCAUAGAUCACAUUCAAGAGCUUGUUAUGGGAAAGAUUGGUGUCUCAUGUGUGAGCUUGAACAUCAUGUUAUGUUGUUAAGAGAGAGUGGAGGCCCCUUGUCAUCUAGUCGGAUCCUUUCACACAUCCGAAGUAUUAAUUGCCAGAUGGGUGAUGGAAGUCAGGAAGACGCACAUGAGUUCUUGAGACACCUGGUUGCUUCAAUGCAAUCAAUAUGCUUAGAGAGAUUAGGUGGCGAACACAAGGUUGACCCCAGGUUGCAAGAGACAACAUUUAUACAACAUACUUUUGGAGGACGCCUUAGGUCAAAGGUUAAGUGUCUAAGAUGUUCUCACGAGUCAGAAAGAUAUGAAAACAUUAUGGAUCUUACAUUAGAGAUAUUUGGUUGGGUUGAGUCAUUGGAAGAUGCACUAACUCAGUUUACAACACCUGAAGAUUUGGAUGGAGAAAACAUGUACAGAUGUGGAAGGUGUGCUGGUUAUGUUCGGGCUAGGAAGCAGUUGUGCAUACAUGAGGCUCCUAACAUCCUGACAAUUGUCUUAAAGAGGUUUCAGGAGGGAGAAUAUGGGAAAAUAAACAAGUGUAUCACUUUCCCUGAGAUGCUGGAUAUGAUUCCUUUUAUGACUGGAACGGGUGACAUCCCUCCACUUUACAUGCUUUAUGCUGUUGUGGUGCAUUUGGAUACAUUGAAUGCAUCUUUCUCUGGACAUUAUGUGUCAUAUGUAAAAGAUUUGCGAGGCAAGUGGUUCAGGAUAGAUGAUACUGAGGUACAUCCAGUCUCGAUGAGCCAAGUGAUGUCUGAGGGGGCUUACAUCUUAUUUUACAUGAGGUCGUGCCCUCGCCCUCAAAGAGCAUUCGCCAAAAAGAUCAUACAGAAGCAAGUUCCCUCUAGGCACGUGUCAACAAAAACAGAGAAGCCUUCACAACUGGCACAAAGUAAAUCCAGUAGCCAUUCUGUUGGCCCCCAGCUUUUCCCAGAUUUCUGGCCAGAAAUUGCUACAGGCUGUAUUAACCACAACUCUAAUGGUAUUCUUAGGCAGAGUGCAAAUAGUAAUGUUCAUCCUGGGGUGGAGAUGUAUGCUGAGCCUACCGGUAUGGAGUUCUCUGAUGCUACAUCAAGCGAUUGGUCCCUUUUCACAAGCUCAGAUGAGGCGUCUUUUACAACAGAGAGUACUAGAGACUCUUUCAGUACCGUUGACUAUGUUGAUGCAAGCAAUGGAGAUCCAUUCUCAAUCUUCAAUAACUUGUAUACUCCGGAAUCCUCCUCUAGCAACACGGUUUCUUGUAGAAUGUUUUCAACCAGUAGAUCCCAUACUAGGUAUGUGUUAGAGGAGAAGGUUUAUGUUUUAGAUUCCUACUCAUCACCUCCACCUGUGAAUAGAGUUCAAGAGAACUUGACACAGUUAUGUGAUUCUUUGACCGACGUUUCUUUAGAUAGUGACUAUGGCAUGUUUGUAAAACAUGGGAGUUACCCAAAAAAUGCUCUUGAUAGAACUGCUGAUUGUGGACGCUGGUUCAAGGAAAUUCCCACCGAUUAAAUAGUGACUUAGGUAGAAAUGUCGCCUCAAUUUUUGUUUUCAGUGCUUUGUUGAUUGAGGCAUGUGGAUGAUAUUAAAAUACCCAAGGAAAGGAAUAUUUUCUUAUUUAAUGAAAAUACUUUUUGAAGAUUGU